AGCUGCAGAGCGAGGCGUGGGGCACAGCCCGGACUGUGUGAGUGUCAGUGUGUGUGCGGGGACACCGGGAGGACACUAUGGUGCUAAGUAGCUCCCAGCACAUUCUCCUGGUAGUGUCCCUGGCACUGUGCCUGUGCUUCCUGGUGCCAAGGAUGAUAGGUGGAGGUGGGGAGAAUGCCAAGAAAGAUCCCAGUAGGAUGACACCUCCCUUACGCGGACACCCACACAAAGAGAGUCCUGCUAAAAGUCACAUGCCUCGGGUCGGAUCAGAAAAGGGCUUCAGCAACAUGGAUCAUAUUAAAAGUGCAAUGGAAAAAGAGCUGAAGUCUGAGACGGGGGGAAGUCGAAGCAUGGCUUUUGCACUUAUGCCUCUGUAUGCUGUGGGGGUGGCACUUUUUGCAGCUUACAAGUUCGCAAAAAUUAAGUCAAAAGAAAACAGCCAAUCAAAAUCAACGGAAGAUGAUAAAAAAGCAAAACGGACAGAGAGUCAGCUUUUAGAGCUAGAACGGCACCUUUCACAAACCGAGCAAAUGUUAAAUUCAAUACUUACACAACUGGACCCACUAUCCAAUUGUGUUAGCACAUUGGCCACUGAGCAGAAAAGUGAAAUCAUGAAUCAGCUACAAUCCAUAAGACAGUUAAUGAAGACAACUGGAAUGGAUAGAUCAGCUAACCAACCCUGUGAAAAUACACUUGAAGACCUUAUUCAUUCAUUCAAAACUCAGCAGUCAGAAGUACAGGAAAAUGAUGUAGAAAGCAAAAGUGAGGAAUCUCCAGUAGACCUGGACGAUGCAGAUAUAACUGCACACAAUCUUGUCACAGAAGAGUCCUCUUUAAAUGCAUCUGGGGAGCUUUGUGAAGAGGAAGACGAUUCUCAGUUUGAUGGUGCCGAUGCCACAUCAAGUCCUACUUCUGAAGGGUUGAGGAAGCGCAAUAUCCAAGCCUGACUUGAAAGACUAUGUAUUUCUCUGCCUUAUUUUGCUUCAGGUUUUUUUAUGUGUCUUAUUUUGCCACUUGCUAAGUUAUUCACAUGGUUUAUGGAUUGGUGCAAUAAAGGGCAUGUUCUCUGUUUUAAACAUCUGAGCUAAAAGUCCAUAGUCAAACUGUCAGCCUUUCAGUUUUAUUACUGCCCUUGCCAUGAAUUGCACACACUGAAUGCAAGUGCAUGU